CGACAAACCAGCUUUUGACUCUGUGUUUCUGUCGAUUUUGCUAUUCAAUCUUUCGCUCUUUUGUUCUAUUCUCCUAGUCUUUCAAUCCCUACUGAUACAGCGAGACGCGUCUGAAUCCCAUAAUGGCUACUUUGCCACCGAGGACAGUCGAACCCGAAAAGACAGACCCUGGCAUAUCCGACGCUGUCAACCCUCAUCCCGGAAAUAUCGCAGGAACAGACGAGAAGACUGCAACCGACGGCUACUCGCCGCAAACAAUAACCACGGCCGAGCAGGCCUUCUUGGACGAACAACUACACUUUGACAAUGUCAAGCUGUCUUUCAUCGGUAUCUACAGCUUUGCAACAUGGAAGGACCUACUUCUAGUUCUCAUAAGCGCCGUAUGCGCCGUCAUCGCAGGCGCGCUCAUCCCCGUAACUCCAGUUGUCAGCUCCCGCAUUAUUCUCGCCUUCGCCAGAGUUGAAGAGCAGGGCGGGGAUAUGAAGUCACUCAUCGACCAGUUCACGCUUUACUACGUCUACAUCAUGGUGACCGCGCUGGUGACUUGGUUUGUCUCGACGGCCGGUUUGAACUAUACAGGAGCAAGAAUAGCACAGACAAUCAAAAUGCGUUACUUUGCCGCCGUCCUCAGACAGAACAUGGCCGUCUUUGACGACAAAGGCACUGGAGAGAUGCUCUCCCAGCUUACAGAUGACGCCGUGGCUAUUCAGAAUGCAAUCUCUUCUAAGCUGGCUCAAACAAUUAGCGCCAUCGGUACUCUAGUUGGAACCAUCGCAGUGUGCUUUGCUCUGGACUGGCUGUUGACAUUCGAGCUGAUUUGGUCUCUUAUUUUGGGCUAUGCAGUGCUCUACCUAGGAGGGAAGUUGACAGUCCGAUACAGCAGCCGCAGCAUCGAGGCGUCCUCUUCGGGCUCCGCUAUAGUUGAUGAGGCCUUGACCUCAAUUAAGACCACCACGGCACUGGGAAUGCAGAAGCACGUGCAUAGUACAUACAUGAGCUUCUCGGCUAAGGCAGCUAGGAACGGGUUCAUCCUAGGCUCUAUGAACGCAUGCAUGCUCGCUGUUUGUGUUGCCAGUGGCUAUUUCAACGUCGCUUUGGUGUUUUGGCAAGGAUCCAGACGCUUGACUGAAGGCAGGACCCCCUUCACAGCCGUUGUCGCCAUUGCUAUGGUUACCAAAGCAGCGGCAUUCUGUGUCUUGGGCGUCGGUUCAAACAUGGAAGCUUUUGCUAUGGCUGUGGCGGGGGCUCGCCGUCUCUCGCGUACGACCCGCCGCGUGCCACCCAUCGACUCGUCCUCGGAGCAGGGACAUACUCCUGAACAGUUCGACAGUACAAUAGAGCUACGGAAUGUGAGACACAUCUACCCAUGCCGUCCGAAUAUCAUCGUCCUAGACAAUGUAAGCAUCUCAUUUCCCACAGGAAAGAGGACAGCCAUCGUGGGGCAUUCCGGGUCAGGCAAAAGCUCCAUAGCAAACAUGAUAUUAAGAUUCUAUGACCCUCUGAGCGGGAACAUUCUUCUGGAUGGUCAGGACCUAUCUUCCUACCAACUUCGCUGGCUCCGACAACAAAUCGCCGUGGUGAAGCAGGAAUCUUUCAUGUUCAACAAGUCUGUAUAUGAGAAUAUUGAACUUGGCUUUACCGGCCCCCGAUGGACUACUAUUUCUCCAGCUGAGAAACGCAAGGCCGUGGAAGAGGCUGCACAGACGGCACAAGCAGCCGACUUCAUUGCCAAACUCCCUCAAGGUUUCGACACUAUUGUAGGAACACGAGGCUCGAGGCUCUCUGGCGGACAACUGCAGCGAAUCGCCAUCGCCAGGGCUCUUGUUAAUGACCCCCGUAUCCUUAUCUUGGACGAAGCAACAUCGGCAUUGGAUAGUGAAACAGAAGCUAGGUUACUGUCUGCCAUGGCUGGUAAACUCCAUCAGCCCACUACCAUCAUUAUUGCCCAUCGUCUCUCCACGACCCGCGAUUGCGAUAAUAUUGUUGUUCUUAAUGCUGGACGUGUAGUCGAGAGCGGCACGCACGAUGACCUCAUGGCUGCGCAAUCAUCCUACUACGACCUCGUCAAAGCUCAGGAUACAGAUUACGACGAGCAUGCGCCUGCGGAUGAAGUCUCUGACGAGAAAAGAGAGCCGGCAGCAUUCGCCAGUCUUGACCUGGAGAAGGACCAAGGGGAACAACCUGGCCAAACAAGUGUAUCUGCCGACAUUGAGUCGCAGAGUGACACCAUGUCAUCGUCUUUAUCCUCUAUGAUCAAGUUUAUUUUCAAACUUAACAAAGGCGAAUGGCACUGGCUAUUAAUUGGGCUAAUUUGCUGUAUUAUCGCAGGAGGUGAAGAGCCAGCCUCAGCUGUACUCUUCGGUAAAGCAAUUACGGCCAUCGCCCGACCAGUAGAGAGUCAGGCUGACAGCAUUCGCUCCGAUGCAGCCUUUUACUCAUGGAUGUUCUUUACGCUUGCCCUCGUCAUGCUCAUCAGCUGUGCCGCCCAGGGUAUUGCCUUUGCCUUUAGCUCUGAACAUCUUAUCAAGCGAGUACGCAGCCUAGCCCUACAGCAAUAUCUCAGGAUGGACAUUUCCUUCUUCGACAAGAAGGAAAAUUCAGCUGCUGCCCUCUCGGGCUUUCUGUCAGGCUCAACCAGCGACCUUACUGGUCUCAGUGGUAGCGCACUUGGCAUUGUCCUCAUAUGUCUCUCGACAUUGAUCUCUGGUAUCGUCGUCUCACUUGCACUGGGAUGGAAGCUAGCACUUGUUUGCCUUUCUGUUGUGCCACUCAUGAUUGGUGGUGGAUACUAUGGCGUCUUGCUUGUGGGAGAGUUCGCCGAAAAGAACGAGAUAUUCGCGAACGAGGCGGCCGAGUUUGCAGGCGAGACGCUCCAUGGCAUCCAGACCAUCGCCGCCCUAACAAGAGAGCAGACGGCUCUGAGCCAGUUUCACGAUACGCUUCGUGCCAGCGAGGGUAAAGCGUUUACAGCAAAUCUGCAAGCAUCUUUGAUGUAUGCCCUAACGCAAACUGCUUACUAUGCUUGCAUGGCCCUGAGCUUCUGGUAUGGAGGUAGACUCAUCCUCCGUGGCGAAUAUACCCUCUUCCAGGCCGUUGCUGUCCAGUCUGCCAUGCUACUGAGCGCUUUCUCCGCUGGUAUGGUUUUCUCUUGGACUCCCAACAUCGGCAAGGCCAAGCAUGCUGCAACGUCUCUUCAGCGUCUUCUGGCACGAAUAUCUGCCAUUGAUCCAUCGUCGCCUGACGGGAUCGACGGGGACGUCAUGCAGGGCCGUAUUGAAUUCAACUCGGUCAGCUUUUCCUACCCUUCGCGCCCUAAUCAUCCCGCAUUAAAGAACCUGAGCUUCACCAUUCCUGCUGGCGCAAAUGUGGCCUUUGUCGGCGCGACAGGUUCGGGAAAGAGCACCAUCAUAUCGCUGAUCGAGCGGUUUUACGAUCCCACUAGUGGAUCAGUUCGUGUCGACUCGAGGCCAAUUAAGUCUUAUCGCACGUCCAGGUAUCGGAAGCGCAUCGGCCUUGUGAGCCAAGAGCCGACUCUCUACCGCGGAACCAUCAAGGUUAACCUGACAAUCGGGCUAGACGAGGACGAUAUUGCGAUGCCCUCAGACGAAUCCAUCGAGGAGGCUUGCAAAGAAGCCAAUAUUUACGAUUUCAUUAGCAGUCUGCCGGACGGCUUUAACACCGAGGUGGGAAGCGGCGGCAACCAGCUCAGCGUGGGGCAAAAACAACGCAUCGUCUUAGCCCGCGCGCUUCUCCGCAAGCCAACAAUUCUCCUUUUGGACGAGGCUACCUCGGCGUUGGACUCGCAGUCCGAGUCGCUUAUCCAGCAGGCUCUUGACAAAGUAAAGAAGGGCCGCACGACAAUCACCAUAGCCCACAGACUGAGCACCAUUGUCAAGGCUGACACGAUCUUCGUGAUUGGCGAGGGCAGUGUCGUCGAAUCCGGCACGCAUACACAGUUGAUGGCUAUAAAAGGCAGCUAUCAUCGGCUUUACAUGGCGAGCAAAAGCGGGCAAACGCUGUAGUUAGUGUUGUCGUGUGAAUGCGGUUCCAAUCUGAUAAGCUACGGCUCGGUUAGCCACAUACAGGAUAAAACGUAAUUAUAUGUUCCGGCCGAACCGUGAGAUCUGCCCGCUUGUGAGCUAGCCGGCCUAACGGUGAGAAUUUUCGACUUCUCGUUUAGCCGGCCUAACCAUAAGAUCAAGGUAGCUUUACAUACCAAGGACAAAAUAAAUCUAUAAAUAAAGAAAAAGACAAAAACAUACAACAGAGGGUAUUCGCUGGUGGUCACCCCCCAAUCAGCGUCCGGAUUCAUCGUUGAAUCCAUUCGUUAAAGGAGAAUAUGGUCCGUGCCUCGCUUAAUUUUAUACGGUAUCACCAAGUGAUUCCCUAGGUAUUAGGGACAGUAGAGAUCAGAGAAUCAAGCACAUAUAUUUUAUCAGUCCUAAAACCAACAAUAAGUAACGCGGUAGGCCCUUCUAGCGCUAUUAUAUUCGUGACUAAUCCUAGCAAUUACUAAUCAUAUAGCACCAAGCAACGCGUCUCGAUUGAGCGGCGCCGGGGUACCUUCGCAGGUGCAUUAUGGUCCUCAAACGCUCCGUGCGCAAUACCCACAACUCCAUCACUGUCUCUAGGCGCCGAGUCAUAGUCGACAAACAACAAGGCCUCGUCAGGGGCCAGGUUACUGACGUAGUAGAAGCCGAAGUGCGGGCGGGGCCGCAAGGCAGUGAAGUGCGUCUUGUAAUUGUUGAGGGUGUAGAUCGGCACGGUAUCGCGGCCGUACUGGAUAGUGCGCGAGUCGACGAGGGCAAGCGGCCACUGUCGCACCACAUCUCCAACAGGUCGCCAUACAUUGACUAUCCCCCAAUGCCUACUCACCCAGCGGUCGGCUUCCUCGUCGCCUAGCACGCGACGGAGAUUGACAGCGGCUGUUUCGGCGUCGUUGUCCAUGUGGAAGCUGCAUCGCAUCGACAGGGAUCACACUAGGGGUCCGCUUUAGCCGCGCUAGACUGUCGGGACGGCGCGGUGCGGAACAAUGGGGCGCGGCGGUAUCAUCGUCUAGUGAUUGGGGAGAUAGGGAGA